UUAUUCUAUAUGAACAGCCCUGCAGAUGGAUUAUUUCCCGCCCAGUGACUAAUUGGAGCAGUACGGAUUAAUUAGCCGCCAUUAGUAAGGGCGAGGCUCUCACCUGGUGGAGGGGUUGGAAUAACAGCAACGAGACAGAAGGCUUUUCAUUGUGGAGCUGUUUGCAAAGCUGCUUUCCUUUAUUAUGAGCAUCAGGCGCAGUGGCUCCUACACCGUGCAGAAGAAAUCGAAAGGAAAGCCGAAUGGGAAGAAACCAGCGUCGGAGGAAAAGAAGUUGUACCUGGAGCCAGAAUACACCCGAGUCCGAGUCACUGACGUGGAAUUCAAGCAGCUGGUGACCUUGCCCCAGGAAAUCGACCUGAAUGAGUGGCUGGCUAGUAACAUUACGACUUUCUUCAACCACAUUAACCUUCAGUACAGCACCAUCUCCGAAUUCUGCACGGGGGAAACCUGCCAGACUAUGGCCGCCUGCAAUACACAAUACUACUGGUAUGAUGAGCGGGGUAAGAAGGUAAAAUGCACAGCCCCACAGUACAUUGAUUUCGUCAUGAGCUCUAUACAGAAGCUGGUGACGGAUGAGGAUGUCUUCCCCACCAAAUACGGCAGGGAAUUCCCUAGCUCCUUCGAGUCGUUGGUGAAGAAGAUCUGCCGGUACCUGUUUCACGUUGUGGCUCACAUCUACUGGGCGCAUUUCAAGGAAAUCACGGUGCUGGAGCUGCACGGACACUUAAACACUCUCUUUAUUCACUUCCUCUUAUUCGUGCGGGAAUUCAGCCUGCUGGACCCCAAGGAGACCUCCGUCCUGGACGACCUGUCGGAAAUCCUAUUCUCGGAGGAAAACAGGGAGGCGGUGGGGGCUACAGGGGAGGCACAGAACCACGUGAAGGAGAGAUGAGCCCCCCCCCUUAAUCUCCUAAUUCCUGUCCUACCACUGCCCCUUCCCAGCGUGCCCCACCCCCGACCGAGAGCUGACCCAGCACAGGGGAGAAGGGGGUUCAGGACAGCUUUUGGGGUGUAGGAAGGGAGCACUGCCUGUUAUACCCCCCGCCUGAGGGGGAGCAAACCUCGCUCUUCUCUUUAGCAGAAACUUGCACCGAGCAUCACCUUAAUUUUAUUUUGUGUCUUGCGUUUGUCUCUUUUUUUUCUUUCCUCUCCUUUUCCUUCCUUUAUUCAUCCCCUUCUUCUCAUCAUGGGCGGCAGGUUCAUUCUCUUAUUCCGAGGAAACAUUUGCAUCUUCUCUUUUAUUUUGCGGUGGUUUUUCCAAGAAAUGUUUGAGGCUCCGGAGUCGGAUGAUUGGGCUGGAGAGAUACGAGGCUCCGGAAUUGGAUCCGGUCUCCCGCCCCAUCCUGGGCAACAACUUCUCUCCCCGCUUCACGGGGAUCGGGGGAAAGCCGGAUGCUCGCCCCUCAUUGGGGUGCAAAAAUACUGUCGGCUUCUUUUAGUUUAUCUGUUAAAUAAUGAUAAUAUUAAUAAUAAAAACAGAUUCUAUUA